AUGAACAAGGAAAUACAACGAUUGAAAACAUUUGAUGAUGACGAAGAUAAAUAUGCCUAUCAUCCAAAAGUGAUUGCAAAAGCUGGUUUUUAUAAAGUCGAAAACGAAUUCAUCUGCUUCAAUUGUAACUUGAAGCUUAGUGCUAAAGAUAUUGAUACAGGGAAGAAUAUUGUGGAGAUCCAUCAAGAUAGAGAUGCAUCAUGUACCUUUGCACAUAAUUUGCCUUUCCUUCCGAGAUCAAGAUUAUAUAAAGAUGGUGAUAAGGAAUUAAGAUACGAAAUGAAGAGAUUAGAAACUUUUAUAAAUUGGCCCGGAGAUGGAAAAAUAAUAACAUUGAGAGAUUUAGCCAAUGGUAAGCCAGUUGGCAAUGUACCUAUUGUAGAAGAUAAGAUACUAAAAAAAAUCUUAGGACGUUACUCUAUAUAUCCCUUAGAUGGAUCUUUACUGAGACCAAUUCAUAAGAAAUACGCAACAGAGGAAUCUCGGAGAUCCACAUAUUAUGAUAAGGAUAAUUGGCCUCUUAAAGAUCAAUCAUUCGUAGAGAAAUUAGUAGAAGCAGGAUUCUAUUAUACAGGAAUUAGUGAUCAUGUUUCAUGUUUCCACUGUGGUGUCGGUCUUCGCAAUUGGGAAGAUGAUGAUGAUCCGUGGAAAUUACACGCCAUAUGGUCUGCCUCGUGUCAUUAUGUUUACUUGCAGAAGGGAGAAGCAUUCAUCAAUAAGCACAACCUGAAUCAUCCAGUAUCUAGUAGUGUCAAUGCCGUCACGGAACACGAUUGGAAUCAUCUUUUGGGUCUGGAUUAUACCAGAAAAAUAUUAAUGCUAGGUUUUCCCACCGUUGCCGUUAGAGAUGCACUCCGAGAUCAAGUUAUACAAACUGGUAUACCUUUUUCAAGUGAAGUUGAAUACUCCAAUAAUCCAAUGUAUCGUCAUGAAAUCUCCUUUAAUCUUCCUUAUCCCAAUCUAACAUAUCAUCUCGAAAGCGAAUAUCGUAUUACAUUGGAUGAACUCAACAAUUAUGAGAUUACUUCUCGAAUAAGUUCGUAUCUUGAUAGAUAUCAGACUGCCCCCUUAAUAACAAUAUGGAAAUAUUUGAUUGAUCAAGAUAUAGAUACUAGAACUACAAGCACGCCUAUCAAUUCAAUAGAAAAAUGUGAUAAUGUAUCAGAUAACCAACUUAAUGAAAGAAGAUUGUGUAAAGUUUGCAUGACCGCUGAAGUAGAAGUGGUAACUUUCCCCUGUCAUCAUAUGGUCUGUUGUUCCGAUUGUCUCUCGACUCAGGCGCAGUGCCCUGUCUGGUAUAGUGUAUUUAUCAGCAAGAUAUUUCCAUACGAAACUACAACCAUAAUCAAGAAAUCUAAGAGUUGUCUCUCGAUCAAUAUUGGUAUGAUCGUGUGUGUGGAAUCGUUCCAGAGCGCUUCUCUGUUAGCGGAAACGACUCCAAGGCAGAGCUGUUUUAGCGAGGACGGCUGCCGCCGUCUCCAAGACCUUGCCAUUUCAGCACUGUCACCUCCUUCUAUAGCGUUACACACAAGCAUGUUUUCAAAGAUAAAGUCACGAUCCUCCACCUUCCACGUCUCAUCAACCCCCGGAAAAUUAUAG